AUGCAGGAUUAUGAGGCAUCCAUCUCGUUCCUGGGGACGUGGGGCCGGUUUCAGAUGAAAGUCUUCUUCUUGCUGUGUGUCACCUGUCUUCCUGCCGGGUACAACAUCCUGUCUGUCAUCUUUCUGCUGGCUAGCCCCCCACACCAGUGUUACAUCCCAGCACACAGGAACCUGAGCCAGGACUGGAUGCAGGCCAGCAUCCCACUGCAGGUGGCCGGGCAGCUGGAAAGAAGCAGUUGUAGCCGGUAUGAGCUGGACCUGGUGCAAAACCUGUCUGAGCUGGGAAUCAGACCCAACCUAGGCCAGAUCUACAACUAUUCUGCACUCGGAGCAAGCGCAGGGGUCAUGCUGUCCAGCCUGAAGCAGGAGGAGUGCAAAGAUGGAUGGAUCUACAGCACAGAGCACUACGAGUCGACUGUAGUCACUGAGUUUAACCUUGUGUGUAGCAACCAGUGGAAACAGCCACUGACCUCUCUCAUCUACUUUCUGGGAGGACUUUGUGGCUGCUUCCUCUCUGGACAGCUAUCUGACCGGUUUGGCAGGAAGCCUGUUCUCUUUGGUGCGAUUGCCACACUUAGUAUCUUCAGCCUUGCUUUGAAAUUUGCUCAGUCCUGGACCGUCUUUACUGUGCUUUUCUUCAUUGUUGGCAUGGGUCAGCUCACCAGCUACGUAGUUUUGUUUGUACUGGGUUCAGAGAUCCUCGUUGGCUCACCUAGAGUUCUCUACUCCAGCAUGUGUUUACCUUUCAUGUAUGUAUUUGGUAUGAUGCUGCUUCCUGCUACUGCCUACUUGGUCAGGAACUGGAAACACCUGUCGCUGUUAAUGGCCGUGCCUGGACUGGCCAGCCUCCCCCUCUGGUGGCUGAUUCCAGAGUCUCCUCGCUGGCUAGUGUCUAAAGGCCGUUUGCAGGAAGUAGAACUCUUGUUAAAGUCAGCGGCUCUGGAGAACGGAGUGGAAGCUCCUCCUGUUAUCUUCGUCUCUGCUAAUGUUCAACAGUCUGAUAGCAAGAAGGCUGAGACCCUCAAUUUCCUGGACCUCCUAAAGACCAAAAGCAUUCGAAGUGUCACACUCAUACUUUGGUUUCUCUGGUUUUCUACUAAUGUGACCUACUUUGGAUUGUCAUUCAAUAUGUCUACGCUCUAUGGCAACCCCUUCCUGAAUUACUUCUUGCUGUCAGCAGUAGAGCUACCAGCAUACACUGUCAGCUGGCUAAGUGCAUGCAGGCUUUCCCGCCGCCUGUCUUUUAUCAGCUUCUCCCUGCUGGGGGCGCUAGCACUCUUCCUCAUCCAGGUCACUCUGCACAGCCAUCCAGCUCUCACCCUGUUCCUGGUGCUGCUGGGUAAAUUUGGCAUUCUGGUUGGCACGGGCAUUUUGUGCAUGUUCACUGGAGAGCUCUCUCCCACAGUCAUCAGAAAUACAGUGAUGUCAUCCUGUGCCAUGCUCUCCAGAGUGGGGUCCUCUGUUUCCCCAUACCUACUGCAGCUGGCUGUGUUCUACGAGUUCCUGCCGUGGAUGCUUGUGGGUUCUCUGUCACUUGUCAGUGUCGUGCUCUGCUUUUUUCUGCCGGAGACCUUCAGAGAGCCGCUUCCUGACACCAUCGAUCAGAUGCAAGCAAUUCAGAGAUUCAGGUGGCCGUGUGCCUUCAAGCCACCCCAGAAAGAUGACAUGAAAUCAGCUAAAGACCAAAGGUCUCUGCCUGAGAUCAUCUGUUCAACGCGCUUUUAA